AUGGCUUGUGAAGUUGAAGAUAACGCUUUUGAUCUUCAUCGUCUUCGUUCCGAUAUUUCAUCUCUUCUCCAACAGAAUUCACAGGUUGACGAGCUUGUCGUGGAAGCGAUUAAACUGAAGAGGAUAAGCAAAGAGGGCGAAACCAAAAUUCAAUCGUUCUCUUGUGUUCUGUCUCACAUGCUUUCCUCAUUGAAGCCAUGGGUUUCCACAUUUCAAAGUGCAUUUCGCACUGAAACCCAACAGCAUCAACCUGUUUCCUGUGAUGAGAGCAGAGUCUGUGACAGUCCUCAAGAGGCAACCUUGGACUCUUUGGUGUCUCCCUCUCCCCUUGUUUCAUGGCGUGCUAACUGUACUGUUGAGAGGGGGAGACAAAUGUUUAUGCUCACACCUCUUCCAUUACCUUCCAAAUCACACUUAAAGGAAUUUGCACACUCUAAAUCAACCACCCUUUUAGCUUUGCCUAGAGAUAUGACUAGUUCGACGGGUAGUGUUGUGGUGAAACCAACUCCGAUUAAGCUUGUUAAUGAAGUGCCAAGGAAUCAAGAAAAUGGGGUUAUUUCUUCACCAACUUUUCCUAAGAGAGAUGGGUCCAUGCUUGUUAUGAUGACUCCUUGCUUGAAAAUGUCGCCUCCUAAAUCUUGUGUUUUACUAGAACCUAUAUCUGAGAUCUCUCAUAUGGGUAAUGACAAGGUUCGCAAGUCCACUCCCUUUCCUGUUGGGAUUAAUUACAGUGAUUCAGAAGGUUCCGAGUCUCCCGGUGGCGAUGACGCUUCGCGGGGUUUGGCAUUGAAGUAUCCAGAGCUCUUGGGGAUAAGACAUGUUUCUAAGUCAGGAAUUGGAAAGAAAACGGUGCAAGAGUCGCCGGAUUGGCUUAUGUCACCUCCUAAAACUUGUGUUUUGCUGGAGCCAACUGAUGAGAAGUCAUUGAAGUUGGAGGAGAAGACUGAUAACGAGUCGUGUAUAGAGAUAACCGAGUCCAUUCUUAAGCAACAAGUCAGCAAAUUUGAAGGUGAUGAUGAUGUUUCUGAAUAUCAUAAUCAAGCCAAAAAAUCUGGUAACCAAGAGAGCACUCCCAUGUGGCAUGAACCUGAAAGCUUGUUUCAAACAGGGAAACGUCCUGGUGAAAAUACUUUGAAGAAGGAGUUAUGGACUAGGUUUGAAGCAGCAUCCACCUGGGGGUGUCAACCCAAAUUACUCACAGUUCAAAAUAAUACUCAGAAAGGGUUUCUUGACCUACUGGAAGAAGCUUCCUGUGAUGAUGAAUAA